UCACUUGGGCGACAGUCAAGAAUUGCUGACCCGCCCCAGUACCCCAGUUGGGCGCAAGCCCAAGAUUAUUAGGUUUUAAUUGAAUGCCGCGUGGGGUUAAGCAAGAGCCUUCCGCGCCAGCCGCAACAGAGGCCCCUUCCAAGGGUGAGGCUGCAUCCAAGGGAACAAAGGGUGCCAAAGCGAAGCCAACUCUCCUAAGCGUAAGCAAGGCCCCUCUUAAGAAGAAAGACGCCCAGAAGGACGGGCAGAAGCCAACGACCAGCAGUGGCGAAGGUGGAAUCGACAUCGCGGAGCUAGAAAAGAAGCGCAAAGAGUUAUCUGACCAGCUGCGGAAAUGCGAGGUUCAGAUCCACCGGCUGGAAUCUCAGUACUUUGACACGGCCAAUCCGCUGGGCAACGCUCUUAAGGGAUACGACGGGCUGCUAUCUGCCAGCGCCGCCAGUAGCGCCAAGCGAUUGCCCUUCAGGGGGCAGGACAGAAUCUUCUCGGGAUCUUCCACUUCUGGUAGCAUUGGUAGGGACGCUAGCUGAACGUAGAGCUGGGUUGGGCUGCAGUUGGGCGCAUUAGCACCUUGCAUGGGGAGGCAAAGGAGGGAGAGGUAGGCGCCUGGCUGAUGGCCAUCAUGCGGAAUGGCAGGAUACCAUCAAAGCCGUUCGCCUCGGCCAGCAUUGGCAGGAACGCUAGCUGAGGGAAGCGCUGAGUAGAGAGGUUGGGGCUGGGCUUUUGCCUGGCGUUAUGGAGAACAUGAGAGGAUGAUUGUGCGCGCACGAGGCAUGCUUGUCCGGAAUGUGUGCCGGGGGCUAACCUGUCAUCUGCUGAGACCAGUUCCCGAGCUAGGCAUGCAUCGGGUUUUGCGGGUGGAGUGGUAUCCGCAUGCGGUAUGAAGCCCAGUUGUGCGUGGAUUGACUUGAGAUGUCGAGCCUCCUUACACCGGAUAACGUUAUGGGAGCCUGGCGUGGCCGCUGGGCUCUGCUUGGAAGGCCACGGGCCUCCUCUUGCAGCGUCUCCUCCCCCAAAGUAUUUUUGUUGAGGUUUCCGUGUGGUUAACGCUUAAUUGCUCGUGGAAAGCAAGCUAGUUAUGCCGGAUGUGGGGGGCAGGGCGUGCAGCUGGCAGUUUAGGAAUGCCGGUGAGCUCGCUGGAGUUCCGCUGGACUUGUUCUCAGGCUUUGUAAUCCUCCCCAUAUAAA